GUUACUCGUCAGGUCCCUCACAGAGGCCUCCACUGGGUCGGUGACCACGAGGGAGGCGCAUCGCCUAUAGAAAGCCUCCAUCCUCCACCUUCUGCUCCUCCUCUUCCCUCUGUGAGACCGCCUCCAUCCACGGCUGAUCCCAGUGGAGCACCCCGGGCGCACUCGAGUCGAAAGCUCGACCAAAGGCCUCGU